AUGGCCCAAAGCAAGCCAAACGAUCAGUUGAAGCAAGUCGCUACUGUUGCUGCGAUUGGAGCUGGUGCUAUCGCUGUCGGAAUCGGUGCUCUGUACUGGACUUACAGAGAUCACGCUUGGGGCUCUCGUCGCCGUACCGACCUGCCAAACUUGGAAGGAGCCAAACCACUACUCGGAAACAUUGGUCAAUUCGCUGCUCAUAUCGGUGAUCGUUUGGAAUGGCGUUAUGAAUUGUUUGAAAAGUAUGGCAAGAUCUUUUACGGCACCCAGCCAAACAGGUCUAUUAUCUUCAACUAUGAUAUGAGAGAUUUGGCGCAUGUAUUGUCGGAUCCGUAUAACUAUAUCAAGGGUCCUUUGGUGAAGAACUCUGCCGAAUUCCUUGGGCAUGGGAUAUUUGCAAGUGAUGCUGAAGAGUGGAGGAUUCAAAGGAAGACUGCAGCCAACAUCUUUACAGUCCAAAACUUCAGGAACAACUUUAUGGCAAUGUUCUCAGAUGAAUCUGUACUUCUGGUCGAACAUAUCCAGAACGCUGCUCAGCAGAAAGCUAUUGUGGAUUUGCAAGAUUUGCUGUUGAGGUCUACGCUGGAUUCGUUUGCAUUGCUGAGCAUGGGCAAGACUGUCGGCGCCAUGAAGAUGCGCGGUGAAGUCCACGACGGAAUCUACCGCAUGCCAAAUGUUGAAUUCAUGAACGCGUUCGACAGCUUGAAUGAAUUCACUGUGCGACGAAAUGUCAAGGCUUUUUGGCCAAUUACUGAUCGUUUGAAUGGAACUUAUAGCAAGAUGCAAGAAUGGAAGAAGUAUCUUGACGAUUUCGCUGCUGAAGUAGUCAAAGAGAAGCGUGCAAACAAGGCUGCCGGACGUAAGGUUUCGAAUAUGAGGAUGGAUCUACUCGACUUUUUCAUGGAAAACUCGAACGAAGACGGCUCUCCAUUGUCUGAUGAAUACUUUCGAGAUGUGGUUGUGAACUUUAUUUUGGCUGGACGAGACACUACCGCACAAACCUUGUCAUGGACAUUCUGGCGUCUAGCUCAAAACCCGAAAGAGUUUGCCAAACUACGAGCUGAAAUCAACCAAGUAUGGUCUGGAGACGUGCUUACUUACGACCAGUUGAAGGACUUGAAGUAUUGUUUGGCUGUCUUUAUGGAGAGUUUGCGUUUACAUGCCAAUGUUCCUACGGGCCGAAAGCAAGCUGUCAAGGACGAUGUAUUGCCAUCCGGAACCAAAGUCUACAAGGGUGACUUUAUUGAAUGGAGUUCCUGGAUCAUGGCUCGUGAGACUGAAUUGUGGGGUGCUGAUGCGCAUGAAUGGAAACCGGAAAGGUGGAUUGACAAGAAUGGAUCUGUAAUCAAGCCCAACCAGUUCCAAUUCCCACAGUUCAAUGCUGGUCCUCGAAUUUGUCUUGGAAUGAACAUGGCUCAACAAGAAGGUGUCGUCUUCUUGGCAACCAUUGCUCGCAAGUUUGAUCUGGAACUUGUCAAGGAGGACGAGAAAGCCAAAUGGGCUGUAUGGAACGAAGAUCCAUUGUUGAGGAAGGGUCGUUAUGAUGUUGCUGCUACAUUAUCUAUGAAGGGAGGUGUUCAUUUCAAGGUCGCAGAGCUCUGA